AUGUCUGAUAAGAUUGAGGAAAUCCAUGAGAUUGAGGAACCUGCCCAGAGCCAGAGUGAAGAGAAUGGCACUUCGUUGACCAAAAAAACCCAUGUCCAGCGCGUGGAACGUCCUAUGCCUGAGCUGGACUCGAAAAAGGGAGACACUUGGACGUACGAUGAUGGAACCUAUCGCCGAGGAGGCAUUCUCAUCCCGGUUGAGGUCCCAAACGACGCCGAUCCGAGUGACAACGUGGACGUCAAGAGUGCAAGGCUCAUUCUUCUGUUCGGCCCCCCAGCUGCGGGAAAGAGCACUGCCGCAGCAAACGUGGCCGCAGAGCUUGGAUUCAUUCACAUUUGUCCUGAUCAGACGAUCGAGCGUCUGGGGGAGACAGGUCCAUACCUCGCUUGGCUGGCGGUUGUGCAGGCCAUUGAGACCCAGGGAUCCGUGCCGGCCGAAUUGCUGUUUCGUCUCGUGAAGAUGGAAAUCCAGAGACACAUGGAGUUUGGAGCGACUACCUUCAUCAUUGACGGAUGGCCACACUGCUCCGAGGACUUCACUCUGCUACACGAAACCUUCACUAUCGUGUCAGCCUUUCAUCUGUACGCAACUCAAGACACACUUGAAAAGCGUGCGAUGCAGAACCCCAUGACUUUCGAUGAAGGUACCAAACGCCUCAAGUCCUUCAGAGACGGAAUGGUGAGGUACUACCAAGAGCUGGGUGAUCUCCUCACUCUGGAUAGCUUCAAAGACCUUUUGAUUCCGGUACGUAUACAGCGACAGUUUCCAGAAUUUGACAGGAUCCAGGGGCUAACUCCUUAUGAGAUGAGUGCCGAACACGAUUACCAGAUCUUCUACCCGCAGAUCAAGUUCAUCAUCGAGAAGAGACUUGCUCGGGUUGAGGCUGCUUCGGAACUCGCUCAGACUGAGGCCUCGUCGGAUGAGCAUGAGCAUGAGCCUGAGACCGUUGGAGAUGAAAACCUUGAAUAG